GCAGAAAGUCGCGCGUCAGCUCUGCGUCUUUGAAGAAUUUUGACAGGACAGAAAGUUUCCAGACCAGGAUGUUUAUCUCGCUACAGCCCGUAAUGGAUGUUUUACUGGACACUUGUUGUGGACGACUGGACGUCAAAUCUCUGCUUUUCCUGACGUUACACCUCUUUUUGUUGAAGGCAGCAGCUGACUGUCCCAAACCUAAGCCAGGAGAAAAUAUGGUCGUAUCAAACAAAGCACUUCUAUUGAAUUCUUUUCCAGAAGGAAUUGAAGUCGAAUUAGAGUGUGCUAAUGGAUAUGUUAAAGACAGUGGCUCUGAGAUUAUAAACUGUAUUAAUGAAAACUGGUCUAACCCAGAACUCAUCUGUAAAAAGAAGGACUGUGGUCUCCCUAAAUCCCGACCAAAUAUGACAUUUAAAAUCAUCACUGAUACCCUAUUUGGUGCCAAAAUAAGAGUAAGCUGUGAUAAAGGUUACGAGAUUAGUGGAGCAAGCACUAACCAGUGCUUUGCUACAGGGUGGAGUGGAAGAUCCAAAUGUGAAAUUGUGAAAUGUGAGACGCUACCUGGUGAAGUGGCCAAUGGCAAAAGCUCAUGGAGUUCUGAAGAUUAUCCAGAAUAUGGACAAACCAUACAGUACAAGUGCAAUGAUGGAUACACUCUCGUUGGGAAUGAUACCAUUAUGUGCGAUGAAGAUGGUGAAUAUCACCCUCAGCCUCCUAAAUGCAAAGAAGCCUCCACUGCCACAGAAUCAACCACAGAGACUACUCACAGUGAUCAAACUAUCCCAGCCACUACUGUCUCACCUUUAGCAACUGUCUCAUCUUCAACACGAGGUGGCAGAGACAUGUUGACAGUUGAGGAUGAUACUACACCAACCAACGUAACACCAGCAACAACUUCUUUAUCUGGAGAGAUUGACAAGCAAGAUGGGACUGAGACUGUAGAUGGUAACAAGGACGUUGGAUAUACACCUGUUAUAAUCAGUGUGUUCACUGUUCUAUUAGUUGUAUGCAUAGUGGUGGCCUUUACACAUAAGUAUUUGCUGAGGAGAAAAGGGUCAUAUGACACCAGAGAAGACCUGAAGCCAGCAUUAUUACAGUUCCAAACUCUUUAGCUUGCCUGCCUCAAUAAGCUCUGGAACCGUAACUAUCAUUUAAAGAACAUCUGUGUCCCAGGAAGGAUGUGCCAACACACUCUAGCAGUUCCUCUCUGGAUGGAUGGAUGGAAACUCACCUGAAUAUUAUUGCACUGCAAAUGGCAGACAAAAACAAAUUUGUUAAAGUAUAAUAAUUGAAAUGCUCAAUGGUCAUAAUGAACAUCCACUGUUAAAAAGCACUUUUUGUUGAUAUAAUAUUUUUUCCUGCCCUCACACUUUUUUUUCUUUUCUUUUUUACAAAUAUUUGUAAAUAUUAAUUCAACAUUAUUUAUGUUAAAAGCUGGAAUAAACUGUUUGAUAUUACCUCCAUGUGUUAUGAACUAUUCUUUAAGUAUCUUAACAUUUCGAAGGAUUUAAUUUUGAGGAAUCUUAAGGCUUUAAGUUUACUAUACUUGCUAUCAAUG